UGUAAAGUUAGUUGCAUAACCAACAUGUGCUCUGUUUAUGUUCCUGUGUUUAUUUUCGUGAGGAAUAGUGUUUUGACGAAAUGGAUGUGAUAGAAUUCCAGGAUGUAAAAUGCGUUCCUGACGUUGUCCAUACUUACACAGACGAUUUAAAUUCAAUACCAAUAGUUAUUGAUAAUGGUUCCUACUAUUGUAGAGCUGGUUGGAGCACCAGUGAAGAACCCCUGUUAAUAUUCAAAAACCUAAUAGCCAAACCAAGAAAAGAGAGGUCCAAGAAGGAUACAAAUGAAGUAAUACAAGCUCCACCUCUGCAAGUUGGAAAUGAUAUUAUUAAUAUUGAAGCUGUUAGGUUUCAACUGAAAACACAGUUCGAUAGAAAUGUAGUCACACAUUUUGAAGCACAGGAGCAUUUAUUUGAUUACACCUUCAGCCAUUUGGGUAUUGACACAGACAAAUGUAUUCCACAUCCGAUUGUCAUGACUGAACCUUACUUGAAUCCAAAUUCUUCCCGACAAUUGAUGUCUGAGUUGCUGUUUGAAUGCUACAAUGUGCCAAGUAUCUGUUAUGGAAUUGACUCUUUGUUUGCAUAUAAUUUUUCUCAAAGUGAACCAAGCAAUGAUGCUCUGAUUAUCAGCAUGGGGUAUCACACAAUACAUGUAAUUCCAAUCAUUGAUAAUGAAACCAAUUUUGAGAAUACCAGGAGGAUUAACACUGGUGGUUUCCAUGUGAUAUCCUUUUUGCACAGGAUUCUUCAGCUGAAAUAUCCAGCACAUACAAACGCUAUUACUUUGAGCAGAGCUGAGGAACUGUUGCACAGUAUUUGCUCGAUUGCGACGGAUUACAGGGAGGAAUUGAAGAGGUGGAACGACGUGGAUUAUUAUGAGAAGAAUAUCAAAAAAAUUCAACUUCCAUACAGCGUGGCUUCAACUUCAUCAACUCUUACAGCUGAACAACAGAAGGAGAGGAAAAAGGAAUUGGCAAGGAGAUUGACAGAGAUAAAUGCGAGGAGACGAGGCGAAAGAUUGGCUGAAGAUGAGGAAAAGUUGGUGAAGCUUCAGGAAAUAUACGAACUUUGGGAGGUGCACAACGACGCCGAGGAAUUCGAAUAUGCUUUGGGUGAAAACGGCUUCGAAUCAUCUGAUGAAUUGGAGAAGAGCAUCAACUUGUUGAAGAUGAGAAUUAAGAAGACUAAGCAGAAGAUAUUGGCUGCAAACAGCGCAGAGGAAUUACCCGAAGAACCACCGAACAAGCAACAGAAAUUGAAUAAAAUCGUAUUUGAGAAUGAAAAAGCUAUGCAUUCGUAUGUGCAAAACGCUAAGAAAUUGAGACAAGAUAUCUUGUCUAAAAAGUUAAGUAGGAAACAGAAGAAGCAAGAUAUGGCUAAAAGACGAACCGCAGCUGGACAGGAGAGGAUGCGGAUUAUAUCUCAGUUGGCUAGGAAGGAGAAAGGAAAUGAUGACUUUGGUAUGCGUGAUGAGGAUUGGGACAUAUACAAGACCAUAAGUCGUGAUGGAGGAGACAGCGAUAGUGAAGCGGAGAACGAAAAGCUAUUGGAGUUGGAAGAGGUGAUCAAAACGUACGAUCCGACAGAUGAUGCGGACAGUUUAGCUCCCGCUGAGGCGUAUCAACUUCAUAUCGGUAUAGAGAUGUACAGAGCGCCGGAACUUCUCUUUAAACCCUACAUGAUUGGUUCAGGGGAAGCUGGUUUAUCAGAAGUAAUAGGAUACGUGUUGAAGCUGUUCUCACCGGAAGACCAACUGAAAUUGGCAGGAAAUGUGAUAAUAACCGGGACUUUAUCCCAAUUACCCGGUUUAAAGAAGAGAAUUCUAACGGAUCUGAUCUCUAUCCGUCCUUUUCAUUCCAUCACCAAUGUCACCAUCAUGCCUAACGCCUCUUUAGCGCCAUGGCAUGGAGCCAAAGCAUUCUCGAACACAGAGAUAUGCAAAAACUUCUCAAUAACAAAAAGGGAUUACGAGGAAUUAGGUGGGGACUACCUGAAACAUCACAUAGCUUCCAACUGGUACACGCCGACGCCGAAAGAACAACUCGUCGAAGUAGAUAAUUAAUCAAUUAAUAUAUUUAAUAUUGUUUUGCUACGUUAACAAUCAUUUUUGGGAGUGCGUAAAAUUGUAAAAUCACCGGUUUCAAAUUAUCACAAGCGCUAUUCAAUAAGUAGAUCAAUGUAAAGAAUAAUUACUAAAAUGAGAACUAAUUAAACCCCAAAAAUCAA